AUGGUACCUGUUAUCUACUCACCAGCCAUCUUCGGCUCAGUCAUCCUUUCCCCGUGGGCAUUUGUGCCUGUGAUUGUUGCUCCCCGUCUCUUGUCUCCCGUAGUGUUGUCUCCGAUCCUAUUGUCAACAGCCAUCCUUUCUCCUCUUGCUCUAACUCCUCUCAUUCUUUCUCCAGGAGCUAUGGUUCCCUUUAUCUUGUCUCCAUUCGUACUUACGCCUUUCAUCCUGUCACCAGUCGCGCUCACACCUCUAAUUUUAUCUCCAUUCUGUCUUUCCCCCUUUCUUUUGAUUCCAAACGUACUUUCUCCACUGAUCCUGUCUCCUUUCGUUCUUUCACCACUGAUUCUUUCCCCAGUAGCUGUGUCAGCGUUUGUCCUAAGCCCUUAUGCGCUUUCUCCUAUCAUUGCGUCACCGGGUGCACUUUUCUCUUCUGUGCUCUCACCAACGUGGCUUAGUUGA